CAGCAAGAUGGCUACCAAUGGGAGGGGUCGCAGAGACGUUCCCCGCGCCGUCACAUGCUCGUGACGUCACCCGAGGCCUAUUAGCAACUUGGAACUAGCAGCGACCAUGAUACCUUGUAAACAGAUGUUGCCCCAGAGGUCCAAUAUGCAACUAUUCCCUGAGCAAAAUCAGCCCUAAGCAGUUCCCACAUGAUUUGGAUUUUUAUCAUGAAUCGAAUAAACAUUCAGGGAAGUUCCAUUUACCAGAGGAGACGCUUGGUGUUGGGAAUCAUUAUCCUGCUCCUGGUGGAUGUUAUUUGGGUUGCUUCGUCUGAACUGACUUCUUACAUAUUUCAGGAAUACAACAAACCUUUCUUUAGCACUUUUGCAAAAACCUCGAUGUUUGUCCUGUACUUGUUGGGGUUCAUUGUAUGGAGGCCGUGGAGACAGCAAUGCAGCAAAUGCUUCCAUGACAGGAAUUCCACAUUUAUAUCAGUUGCAACGGAAAUGUUUGCAGAUGCUGAAGGUUACUUUCCUGCCUGCACUACUGAUCACUCUCUAGCACAUUCUCUGAGUGAACCUCUCUAUGUUCCUGUCAAGUUUCAUGAUUUGCAUAAUGAGAAGGUGGGAACUGCAGGAGGUGCCCCUGAGAAAUCUGUUAAGGUUCCACGGGUGCGUUUCAGUAAUCUAAUGGAGGUGCGCCAGCUCCCUUCCAGCCAAGCUGUAGAAGCCAAGUUAUCUCGCAUGGCUAACCCACCUAUCCGCCAGAGUGACGCUGUGCUCAGGAGUGUUGGGAAACUCACUGUGUGCCAAGUGGCCAAGAUUAGCUUCUUCUUCUGCUUUGUGUGGUUUUUGGCAAAUUAUUCCUAUCAGGAGGCCCUUUCUGAUACACAAGUCGCUAUUGUUAAUAUCAUUUCAUCUACUUCUGGGCUAUUCACUUUGAUUCUUGCUUCGGUGUUUCCCAGUAACAGUGGGGACCGAUUCACACUCUCCAAGUUACUGGCAGUGGCCUUGAGCAUUGGUGGGGUGGUUCUUGUCAGUCUGUCUGGAUCAGACAAAUCUAGAGGAAAAGACACCAUAGGCUCCAUUUGGUCGGUACUUGGGGCUGUGCUCUAUGCGGUUUAUAUUGUUAUGCUAAAACGCAAGGUGGACAGAGAGGAUAAACUGGAUAUUCCCAUGUUCUUUGGAUUUGUUGGGCUAUUCAAUCUCCUGCUGCUUUGGCCCGGAUUCUUCCUGCUGCACUAUACUGGGUUUGAAGCCUUUGAGUUCCCCAGUACAUUAGUCUGGAUCUACAUUGUCAUCAAUGGACUCAUAGGAACUGUAUUGUCUGAAUUUCUGUGGUUAUGGGGAUGUUUCCUGACCUCCUCUCUCAUUGGCACCUUGGCCCUGAGCCUCACCAUCCCUCUCUCUGUCAUUGCUGAUAUGUGCCUACAGAAGGUCCACUUUUCAUGGGUCUUUUUUGCUGGUGCUGUUCCAGUGUUCAUAUCCUUCUUCGUUGUGACCCUCCUGUGCCAUUAUAAUAACUGGGAUCCAGUCAUGGUUGGAAUUCGUCGUGUAUUUGUCUUCAUAUGCCGGAAACAUCGCAUACAGAGAGCAGCGGAGGACAGUGAGCAGAGCCAGAGCCUGAUUCCACUGCAUGGCGUGUCUGAGGAGGAUGGAGCCUGUCCAUAGUCCCUCGGUUUUACAAGGCAAAGUGACAAUCUUCUCUCUGAGCCCUGGUGCCUGUCCCUUCAGUACAGUGCUGCUUAUCUAGAUGGUACCGACAGUACAGCACCAUUCUGCCUUAACAACCGAAGGGAACUUUCUUACUGGUUUCUUUCUUGGAUAUCUGGAUAUCAAGUUAAACUGAUGAUUUCACAUUGGAGUUGUCCUAUAGGUAUCUGUGGGGCACAGAAUGUUAAAUCCUUACUGUGUCCCAGGUAAAAACUCAUUACAGCACAUGAGCCCAUGGAUUUGGCCUGGCAAUAGAAGGGCAGCAGUACUGGCUAUGGGUGGCUGGGUGCUUGGUGGGUAACACUUGCUGGGCCAGCACACUCUUGGGUGUGCUCAUUAGAAAGCUGGUUUCUUUUUUUAACCUAUUUUUAUUCUCCUGAAUUAUUGCAUUGGAAUCCAUGAGUGGUACUGAUUGUACAAAUGUGCAGCUGGACAUGGAGUGCUUUCUGCUUCUGUUCUGUCUUACCAGUGUGUAAAUGAUCAGCACAGAUGUUGUUUCUUUAGCCCUCUGUGUGUGUAUAUUUAUAUGUAUGUGUGUUGACUGGUGCGUGUGUGUGUGUGUUUGUGCACAUGCUAGUUCCUUAAGAGUGACAAUCAUUAUGUACUGUGGGUCUCCUUGAGUGUGUGUGACUGGGUAAGUGUGUGUUCUCAAUCAUCAGGCAGAUUUGUAGAUGUACCCUAAAUCUCAGUGUGUAGGUGAUGCCUUUACAUAAACCAGAUUCCUGUAUGCAUGUCUUGCUUCAUGUACCACAGAUCCCUGUAUGUAAUACCACAUGUACCAUA